GGGCAUCUUUCCCUAAUGGAAGGGCAGAUCUUUCUCCUGCUCUCCUCCCUGCAGGCCAACUUGGGCAGGUGGGGCAGUGGAAGUGCUGGACCAGUGUCUUGCCUGGGAGAUGUUGAAGGGAUGCUGGCAGAAGGGGAACAAUCAGAAAUGUCACCAAAAGGAUCCAAAGAACAAAGGAAGCUGAGGGUUCAAGAUGGAGGCAGCAGGCAAGAGGGGAGACGAAAGCAGAAGCCGGAGGGUGACUCUGGUACGUCUCAGGGUGGUGAAAAUCAAAUUGACAAAAAGGAGAAAAAGCAUCAAUGUACAUUGUGCGGACAGAGAUUUUGUAAUCGCUCAGCUCUUACUUCACAUCAACGAACUCAUACAGGGGAGAAACCGUAUACAUGUUCAGAGUGUGGAAAGAGAUUCAGUCGGAGUGGUACCCUUAUAUUGCACCAACGAACUCAUACAGGAGACAAACCUUAUACAUGUUCAGUGUGUGAAAAGAGCUUCACUCAAAGUAGUGGCCUUACUUUGCAUCAAAGAUCUCAUACAGGAGAGAAACCGUAUACAUGCUCAGAGUGUGGAAAGAGCUUCACUCAAAGUAGUGACCUUACCUUGCAUCAAAUAUCUCAUACAGGGGAGAAACCGUAUACGUGUUCUGAGUGUGGAAAGAGCUUCAGUCACAGCACUGCACUUACUAGACAUCAACAAACUCAUCGAGGCAGCAAACCUUAUAAAUGUUUGGAAUGUGGCAACAGCUUCAGUCGCAUCGACUCCCUUUCCUUACAUCAAAAAAUUCAUAUAGGGGAGAAACGAUAUACAUGUUUGGAGUGUGGAAAGAGUUUCAUUCAGAAUGGCACCCUUACCUUGCAUCAAAGAGUGCACACAGGAGAGAAACCGUAUAAAUGUUUGGAGUGUGGCAAGAGCUUCAGUCGUGGUAGCUCCCUUACAUUGCAUCAACGAACUCAUACGGGAGAGAAACCGUAUACAUGUUCGGAGUGUGGAAAAAGCUUCAUUUGCAGUAGCUCCCUUAUGUUGCAUCAAAGAACUCAUACAGGGGACAAACCAUAUAAAUGCUCCGAGUGUGGAAAUAGCUUCAGGCGCCGGAGUCACCUAACUAGACACCAAAGAAGUCAUAUAGGGAGGAAAUCUUAAAAAUGUUUGGCACAUGGAAAGAACUUCAGUGACAGGGGCUCUCUUCCUAAACAGUAAAGAACACGUACAAGGGAAGUAUCUUAGAAAGGGUUGGAGUGUCUUUAAUCAUAUCAAAUAACUCCUACAGAGAGUAAACCAUGAAUCGUUUUCUGGUCGUGUCCCCCCCCCCCAUAUUUUGUUUUA